UUCCGGUGUCGCUGCCCGUCUGUUUCCGGCGGCGCUGAGGGGCCCGGGUGCCGCCAUGGCUCGGAACGCGGAGAAGGCCAUGACGGCCUUGGCAAGGUUUCGCCAGGCUCAGCUGGAGGAAGGAAAAGUUAAGGAACGAAGACCUUUCCUUGCUUCGGAGUGUAAUGAACUGCCUAAAGCUGAGAAGUGGAGGAGACAGAUCAUUGGGGAGAUUUCCAAGAAGGUGGCACAGAUUCAAAAUGCUGGCUUGGGGGAAUUCAGAAUCCGGGACCUGAAUGAUGAAAUAAACAAACUUCUGAGGGAGAAAGGGCACUGGGAAUUCAGAAUAAAGGAGCUGGGAGGUCCUGACUAUGCUCGGAUUGGGCCGAAAAUGUUGGAUCAUGAAGGGAAAGAAGUUCCAGGAAACAGAGGUUACAAAUACUUCGGAGCUGCAAAGGAUUUACCAGGAGUUAGAGAACUUUUUGAAAAGGAACCCGUCCCUCCGCCUCGGAAGACUCGAGCUGAGCUUAUGAAAUCCAUUGAUGCAGAAUACUAUGGCUACAGGGAUGAAGAGGAUGGUAUUCUGGAGCCGCUGGAACAAGAACAUGAAAAGAAAGUUAUAGCAGAAGCAGUGGAAAAAUGGAAAAUGGAAAGAGAAGCACGACUUGCAAAAGGUGAGGAAGAGGAGGAAGAAGAUAUCUAUGCUGUCAAUGACGAUGAGUCUGAUGAGGAAGGUGGCAAGGAGAAAGGUGAAGAAGGCCAACAGAAAUUCAUCGCACACGUUCCAGUGCCAUCUCAACAGGAGAUUGAGGAAGCUCUUGUACGGAGAAAGAAGAUGGAGCUUCUUCAGAAGUAUGCCAGUGAAACCCUCAUGGCUCAGAGUCAGGAGGCAAAGACACUUUUAGGAUUGUAACAUUGCACCAGUGUGUCCUGGGUUUUGUACAAGCCAGCUAAAAGCAGGAGGUUCACGUGUUCUGGUCGCAGUCACUAUCAUCUCCCAAAGUCCCUUUGGAUGUUAAGAGUAAAAUGAUGAAGUUCCAGGGUGUUCUGCAGAAGGAGAACGAUCGUUUUGGUUUGUCCACUAGGAUGCGUUGCACUUCAGUGCUGAAAAAGAUCAAACCUAGGUUCACUUGUCUCUGCAUCAUCAGCAGCUGUCGUCAGCCCUUUCACUGGUGCUUCUUACAGACAGGAGCACAACCGGAGUGACUCCUUAAAUCCCAAUGAAAGCUGAGUGCCAUUACUGCCUUCCUGUACGUUGUAUCCUGACCAUUAAGUGUGCAUGUCUUUCUCCUGUUGGUUUUUGCUGAGGUGAGACCAGAAGUAACUUCCUCUCUUAUGCCCAGUUGAUUUACCAGCAUAGCCUGUUCUGAUGGCAUCUCUUAGGAGUGACUGCGAGGUGGGUUUGGUUCUUUGUGUACCACAUGCAGGUUGUCUAAAAGCUGUUCCCUUUGCUGUGGUUUGUAACUGUGCCUGGGUGGAUGCUCAGUGAUGGAUAUUUCAGCAGCUGUUGUAAAUAUGUCCAACUUUGCAGUACCUGGUUCAAACAUUUUUAGUAAAACUGAUUUACAACCC